GGGCUGAACAGUGUCCCCCGACCCCAGGUGACGCCUUCUGGACCCCGCCUGUCCUUCCUCGCGGCCCCCAGCACCUGCUGCACCCACAGCCGCCCCCGGCCCGCUGUGCUUCUGGAGAGAUGGAGUCCAAGGUCUCGGAGGGUGGCCUGAGCGUGACGCUGACCAUCCGCCUGCUGAUGCAUGGGAAGGAGGUCGGAAGCAUCAUCGGCAAGAAAGGGGAGACGGUGAAGAGGAUGCGUGAGGAGAGCGGUGCCCGGAUCAACAUCUCUGAGGGAAACUGCCCUGAGAGGAUCGUCACCAUCACGGGCCCCACGGACGCCAUCUUCAAGGCCUUUGCCAUGGUCGCCUACAAGUUCGAGGAGGACAUCGUCAACUCCAUGAGCAACAGCCCUGCCACCAGCAAGCCCCCGGUGACGCUGCGCCUGGUGGUCCCCGCCAGCCAGUGCGGGUCCCUGAUCGGGAAGGGAGGCUCCAAGAUCAAGGAGAUCAGGGAGUCCACAGGCGCCCAGGUGCAGGUGGCCGGGGACAUGCUGCCCAACUCCACGGAGCGGGCAGUGACCAUCUCGGGGACCCCGGACGCCAUCAUCCAGUGUGUCAGGCAGAUCUGUGUGGUCAUGCUGGAGUCCCCACCGAAAGGUGCCACCAUUCCCUACCGCCCAAAGCCCGCCUCCACCCCUGUCAUUUUUGCAGGUGGUCAGGUAAGAGCUGACCCGCUGGCCCCCACUGCCAACCUCAGCCUUAUUCUGCAGCACCCGCCGCUGCCCGCCUACACCAUCCAGGGACAGUACGCCAUCCCCCACCCAGAUCAGCUGACCAAGCUCCACCAGCUGGCCUUGCAGCAAACCCCCUUUCCUCCCCUCGGACAGACCAACCCUGCUUUCCCUGGAGAGAAGCUGUCUCUGCACUCCUCCGAGGAAGCUCCGAAUCUGAUGGGCCAGUCCUCAGGUCUGGAUGCAAGCCCUCCAGCCAGCACGCACGAGCUCACCAUCCCCAAUGACCUGAUUGGCUGUAUCAUCGGGCGCCAGGGCACCAAGAUCAACGAGAUCCGCCAGAUGUCGGGGGCGCAGAUCAAGAUCGCCAACGCCACGGAGGGCUCCUCAGAGCGCCAAGUCACCAUAACGGGCAGCCCUGCCAACAUCAGCCUGGCCCAGUACCUGAUCAAUGCACGCCUGACAUCAGAGGUCACUGGCAUGGGCGCCCUGUAAUCCGGCCAGCAUCCCCAAGGAGCAGAGGCCCCCCGCCGUCCCGCCCUCAGCUCGCCUUGCCGGAGCAGUGGUCAGCGUCCCCUGGGGCCACCCGUGGUGUCAGCCUCCUCCCCAGUGUGUGUAUGGCCCCAAGCAGCCUCCCUGCUCUGGACGGGGCCCCUACACGUGGGGUGGCCUGCUGGGGGCCUGCUGGGGGCCAGGCAGAUCUGCUGCACCCCGAGUCCAAUAAAUGUCUUACGUUGACCCCA